AGACAGAAUAAUUCUUACGCACUGAACAGGCUACAAAGACUGACAUGCGUAUGUAUAAUGGGUGCCAUGCGGACUUGUCCAACAGCAUCCAUGGAGGUCCUUCUAAAGCUCACACCCUUGCCGAUAUACAUCAGAUCCCGUGCGGAAAGGGCAAUUCUUCGAAUGAAGAAAGGAAAUAUAACGGAUAGCUGGCUUAAUAGAAAGAAGUUCGAAAAUCUUGAUAAGCAGUGUCCGGAAAUUUCAAUGCCAUGGGACACAAUGAAUUCUAAGUUCAGCUUUACUAAGCUUUUUAGAACUGAAAUAAGCAACAAAAGAAACUGGGAGGGCAUCAAUCAAACCUACCAGCUAACGAAGAGUACAAUCGCAUGGUUCACUGACGGCUCGCUUACGCACGAAUGUGCCGGAGCGGGUACAAUCGGACCAGGCAAGAAGCACUGAGUAGCGCUGGGAAAAUAUACUAGCAUCUUCCAAGCGGAAAUUUGCGCUAUUUUGAAAUGCGUACUCAUCAAUAUUGAACGGAAUUACCAGGGAAAAAAUAUUGCAAUACUGACAGACAGCCAAGCGGCGAUCAAGGCACUGGACUCGCAUCAGGUGACCUUAAGACUGGUGUUAGACUGCCUUGAUAAGCUAAAUGUGCUUGGCGAAACAAAUCAAGUGUCGAUUCUUUGGAUACCGGAACAUACUGGAGUACGCGGAAACGAACACGCGGAUAAACUAGCCAGGAAAGGGGCAACCACACCGAUGAUGGGACCGGAACCUUUUUGUGGACUAAGAAAUAACACGCUCUUUUCUCUCAUAAAAAUAAAGGGGAACCA